AUGGCAGGAGCAGUCAUCGACAGCAUCGGCCUCAUCAGCGGUGGUCUCACCAUCGCAUCGUUUUUUAUGGACAACCUGCCCGGCGGCGGCUCGUCUCCAGUAGGCGCACACGUCCAGAUCAAAUCUGGUUUGGGAGACGACAGCAUCAGCAACUUGAAAGGCUUCACCGACAGCGUGUAUGCGUACGACUACAACAACAACUACCUAGGUCAAAGCGGCUACGGCUGUGGUGAAGGCGCUGAUGGCGGCUCUUGCGAGCUUACCGUGGACCAGGGAAGCUUCGGAACCGUCCAGGCCGAUUAUGUUUCCGUUGCGAAUGGUGAUGAUGCGACUUGCAUCUCUUGGAUCUCUGUGACGCAAUCUGAUGGGUCUCCUGGUGGGGCGUGGACAGGCGAUAUAGGAGAUCACUGUGGAGUCAGGACGUAUUACGGCAACCAGCAAGCGGGUACAUACCCAGAUGGGUCGACAUGGCGACCUUUGUGUGCCUGGUUUGACAGUGACGGCACAGAUGGCAUCAAAUACGCCGCGCUAAAGUUCACCGUCCGCGCGUACGGAGAACUCUCGUCCGACACCAUCACCAAGAAUCAAGGCUGCUCAGCGACACUUUUCGCGCCAGACAACGGCCCGAUCAACGGUAAGAUCCUCCUGCGCUAG